UUCGUGCAAUUGAACCAAGAAAUCGACGACAACGCUGCUAGUAGGGUUCGCAAACUUUUACGUUUCAUUUGUCGACGAGGAAGACGACUACUCUCCCAUUCAAGUUAAAACGGUAAUGGUGGCCAUUAUUUUUCGGGCAUCAAUCGAUAUUCAAAUUUCAGGAAAUCAUUUCUUCAUUGAUUUUGCACCUGUUGAGCUUGAGCAUCAUCUUCCUCUUGAUAAUCAUUCAGAAUUCUCACUUGCUUGUUUCUAUUACUAUUGCUACUAUUCUGUGGUCCCAUUAUUGAAAUUUGAAUAUUCACAUUGCAACCCCUUGGAGCCAUAUCUAAUGGCAUGGAUUCAGUCAAAUUCUUACUCUGGAACUCCUUUUUCCAUUUCAUUUAUUCUCCACCUUCCCAUACUAUUCUUUCGUCUGCAAAUGUUUCUGGCUUCUGUGCCUCCAUUACAGUUGCCGUGGGAGUUUAUCUUACUAGAUUCCUAAGAUGCCGAGGACAAGAGCAAGUGCUUCAGCAGCUAAUUCUGACAUCUCUGAGAAGCACACCAAACUUGAAAAUCCUGUUGAGUCAGAUGAGAAGGUGGACCUUGAUGGAGACAACGAUCUUGAGGAGGCAGUAGAUGAGGAGGUUGAGUAUGAAGAAGUAGAAGAAGAAGAAGAGGUAGAAGAAGUUGAAGAAGAGGAAGAGGUUGAAGAAGUAGAAGAUGAUGAAGAAGCUGCCGAUGGGGUUGAGUUACAAAAGGGACCAGAUGAUGAUGUUAAGAAACCAGCUGAUGCAGAUGAGAGUUUGGAAAAAAGUCAUGCCGAGCUUCUUGCUCGCCCUCCUCAUGGGUCAGAGGUAUACUUGGGUGGUAUUCCUCAAGAUGCUUCUGAAGAGGAUCUGAGGAGCUUUUGUGAAUCUGUUGGUGAAGUCAAAGAGGUAAGAAUAAUGAAGGGAAAGGACUCAAUUGAGAACAAAGGUUAUGCCUUCAUUACCUUUGGAACAAAGGAACUGGCUUCAAAGGCCAUUAAGGAGCUUCAUAAUAGUGAACUUAAGGGGAAAAAAAUCAAGUGUUCCUCAUCUCAAGCAAAGCAUAAAUUGUUCAUUGGUAAUGUUCCCCGGAACUGGGGAGAGGAAGAUUUGAGGAAGAUUGUAUCUGAGAUAGGACCUGGUGUUACAACUGUAGAACUGCUGAAGGAUCCACAAAACUCCAGCCGUAACCGUGGAUUUGCAUUCAUUGAUUACUAUAACCAUGCUUGUGCAGAAUAUUCAAGGCAAAAGAUGUCAAGACCAGAAUUUAAGCUCGAUGAGAACUCUCCAACGGUAAGUUGGGCUGACCCAAAAAAUGCAGAAUCUUCAGCUGCUUCACAGGUUAAAGCUGUUUAUGUGAAAAAUUUGCCCAAAAGCAUUACCCAAGAUUGCCUAAAAGAGCUAUUUGAACAUCAUGGGAAGAUCACGAAAGUUGUUCUUCCACCACCUAAAGCGGGACAGGAGAAUAGCAGAUUUGGUUUUGUUCACUUUGCAGAAAGGUCAAGUGCUAUGAAGGCUCUAAAGAACACUGAGAAAUAUGAAAUUGAUGGUCAAGAUUUGGAGUGCUCUCUCGCAAAGCCACAGGCUGAUCAGAAGCCUUCUGGAGGGCCAAAUUCACAAAAGCCAGGUCUACUUUCAAGCUACCCAACUCAUCUUGGCUAUGGUUUGGUUGGGGGGGGUGCCUAUGGGGCUCUAGGUGCAGGAUAUGGUGCUGCAGGUGGCGGACAACCACUAAUCUAUGGAAGGGGGCCUACUCCGGUUGGUAUGGCAAUGAUGCCGAUGCUUUUACCUGAUGGAAGGAUUGGCUACGUCUUGCAACAACCAGGAGCACAGCCACAUCCACCACCACCACAGCAGAGAUUUGGUAGGAGUGCUAGCGGAGGCGGCUCGAGUGGUGGAAGACGCGGUGGCGAUGGUGGACGAGGGCGUAACCGAUACAACCCAUAUUAAUGUAGACGAUGGCGUAGCUGGUGAUGCAACCCAUACUAUUUAGUUUGUUUUUAACGGAUGCAAUUAACGGGCAUUACAUAACCAUGACAGCGCUCUUUUCCUUGUAUUGUCUCCCGUAGUUAGGUGCCCUGAAUUCCGCUUAUUAUACCUUUCGGAGCUUGUCACUGGCUGGAUGUAGUUACACGUUAUGCUCUCUCGACAUACAUAUAUAUACACAUGUAUAUGCAUGCCGGACUAGUGGCGCUUUUUGGCGGCAUGGUAUUGACUAAAUGAUGAUGGCUGUUUAAGAUUUA